AAAUGAGUUAACAAAAUUGUAAAAUUGAAACUUGAAAUGUUUAAUAAAUUUAAACCGUAUUAGCCUAUAGGUGUUACUAUAUAAGUUUGUUAAAAGUCAAAUAAUCAAGAAAUUAAUUUCUCCCAUUAGUUGGAGCUUCUUAGAUUGCUGAAUAAAUCUUUCCAUUUCAAGACUUGUCAAGAUCGGAAUUGUUUUAACGGCUCUUUUCCUAUGAGAUUGGUGUUUAAAUUGAGCACUAAGGCAACAAAAAUUUCCCACUAGAUUUCUUCUUCAAGCUGGAUAUACACACACAGAAGAUACGAAAAGAUAGAUUUUUUCGUGGGUACGUAGAUUUUGUUUUGGAUUUUUCUGAAGAUCUCUGAGCAAUGACUUCCAUUACUCGUUGUGCCGCUUGCAAGUACCUGAGGCGGAGAUGCUCUUCAGAUUGCAUCUUCUCUCCCUAUUUUCCUUCCCAUAAUCCCCAAAGAUUUGCUUCUGUUCACAGUAUUUAUGGUGCCAGCAAUAUUGGGAAAAUGCUCCAGCAACUUCCCGUUAAUCUACGAGCCGAAGCAGCGGAUUCUUUGUAUUAUGAAGCACAAUGUAGGAUCCAAGACCCUGUUUAUGGAUGUGUGGGAAUCAUCUCUAUUUUACAGCAGCAAGUAAACCAUGUUCAAAAUGAGAUAGCUAAAGCCCAAGCAGAGAUUCUGGUUCUCAAUGCCAAUACUACUACUGCUCAGGGACAGCCCCAUUCCGAUGAAUACCAUCAACUAGCUCAUGAAGACGACGCUGCUACUCCGAUCGUUGAUACUUUCUACUCUAACCGUGGUUUUCUAACAUAG